CCCGCUCUCGUUCGUGAAAGGUCGUGGAAAACGCGAGCCGGGAGAAGACGACAAGGAGCCAAGAAGGGAGUUGGACAGGACAGGACAGCACGCUCCCGGCCCGUUGGCGCUGGCAGGCGGAGGAGGCAGGCAGACGAGGAUUAAGGAAGGAAAGAAGGGAGAGAGGGAGGGAGGGGAUGCACGAGAGCUACUUUCGAAGGGCCCGACGCUUUUCCGCCCCAGCCCAUCGCUUGGCGAGCUCUGCUGUCCGAAAUUCGUCGACGAAAGACGCGUGCCGCUGCGAUCGCCCACGGCACAAUCUUGCUUCAGUUGCUGGCCUGAACAAUGGGGGCUGAGCUAACACCCUCCGGGAGUGAGGACAAAGUAUCGGAACAACAGAGGCCCCUUUUGGAGAAGUCUGGAUAUCAAGGAGAUACGAGCUCCGACACGAUCGUAAAUGUAGGGAACUAUAAGGGGUCUCGAGUCUUCGGUUACAAUUAUAAUAACCGACCCUGCAGGGACAUCCCUUUCACUGUGGUCUUUCUGAUAUUUGUGGUCGCAAGUUUAGCUGUUGGUAUCGUCGCGGCUGUCUACUCCAACCCAGAUUAUCAGUGGAUUGAGAACACAAAAUACCGUCGUGGAUGUGCACUCCCGAAUGUUACAGAUACGGCGUCCUUUAGCUCUGCGAGUGAAGAUCUAUCAGCCCGUCAUGACUCCCAGGUCCUUUGGAGAUUAAUUCAUCCCUUACAUCAAACAGCUUUAAGAGGAGAAGAUCCGCUGGUAAAGCCUGCAUUCUACGUCUUUGUAACAACCCUCGUGCUAGGCUUACCAGUGGCCUAUUUCAUCUUGUGGCUUCUGAGGACAUAUACGGAGGAGCUCGUGUACAUUACGCUUCCGUUUAUCGCGUUGAUACCUCUGGGCAUCAGUGUUGCAACCUUUGUUCUCUGCUUGCGCAAUGAACAGUGCAAAGAACAGUUUAGUCUAACUUUUCAACUUCUCUGCUUGGCCGUCAUCAUUUUAAUGUGUGCUGUAUUUGUAUGGACGAUCUAUGCCAGCUGGGACCGAGUUGAUCUCACUAUCCGCAUUGUGAGGACAGCUGCAGUAGCGCUGCACAAAAAUCUGGGACUUGUACUUGUGUUGCCCGGUCUCGGUGUCGCACUCCUCUUCUACCUUGUUCCAGCAGUCAUCUUCAUGUUCUAUGCCUACAAAAAUGGGAAGAUUGUUCCAAAUCCUGAGCUUGAGCGACACCCGAACUGUGGACCAACAAGUGUAGACUGUUGUAUUUGGAAGCAAGACUCGUGGGUACCUGUAUAUUUGACGUUGACAACAUUUGCAGUUUUGUGGUCGAUCAUGGUCAUCAGUGAGGCUCAGGUUUUUACCAUCAGUGGAACUGUGGCUCAAUGGUAUUUUGCCGAUCCAACAGCAUCGUUAGUCGGGGCGAAAAGAAGGUCUCUCAGGAUUGCGUUUGGUCCAUCAUUUGGGACCGUGUGUUUUUCAGGGCUUAUCGUUGCCUUAGUGCGGAUGAUACGGAGUAUGAUAGACAAUUCUCGGUCCCAGAAUUCCAGUGAAGGCUGCAUGGCUGCUUUUUUCCGUGCAUGUAGCCAAUGUCUCCUCUCAGCUGUGGAGUAUCUUACGAAGUUUACAACAAACUACGCAGCUAUUACAGGAGCUGGUUUCUGUGCUUCAGCUUUAAUGACCUAUGACCUUUUGAGGCGAAACUUCCUUUCGACCAUCGUGGUGGAGACCAUCGCUGGGCGUUUAUUGAGUCAGACGGCUUUCGUCAUUUCAGCCAUAUAUGGACUUCUGGUGUAUGGAGUGCUGAGCAUUUUCGUCGACGGAGGAAAGGCCAUGUGGGCCGUUUCUUUAUUUGCGUUUAUUCUUUUGUUUCUGGUUCUGUUUUUCUUCAUGCAGGUCCUUAACAACAUCGUGGACACAGUGUACAUUUGUUACGCGAUGGAUAAGGAUCAUAAUUUGGUUUCAAAGACCGAGGUGCAUGAUGUUUUGGUCUUGCUUCCUCCCGCAAAAGGAGUUCCAGCUACACUUGGUGUACCCAGCUAGAGAAAACCUGCAAGCAACAGAGAGCCUUGUAUAUUGUCCUGUCUCUGUGAAGGGAAUCCUUGAGACUGCUCAAAAUGUAUGGUAAAUAUAGUAAAACUACGUAGGAAGAAUUGUGUAACUGUUUGUCUGUAGAUUAGCGCUAGUGGAAUAUGAUCUUUGCUGUUACGAAGUUCAAAUCUAUCGUACUCAACGGUACGAGAAGACCAUUGUAGCAUAAUAUACGCUUCGUUGAAUGCCCCAAGGGAGGCGGAAGUGGAUAGAGAUGCUACCCACAGUAUCGUCAACGACAUCGAUCAUAGGUGCAUUAUGCGCUCAAAAAUUGUUAUCCAUCAUCAAUGAUGCAGCCUGUGCGUUGGACAGAAAGAUAUUCUUGCAGUCCCUCGUGAAUUAGUUUAGCUUAUUGCCACAUGUCUGUAUUUUGAGUUUUCGUUGAGUGAGCUUCAAUUAAAGUAAUCAACCAAAGCUGCGAAUUACGACGUUGGGACUCGAGUCUGAAUAGUCCUCUUCAUAUGAGAA